AUGUCGUUCCGUGCGUGUAUGCCAUCGCAAGCCGUCCGUCCUUUCAGACCCAGCACUACCAUCAACGCUGACAACACAACAAUCACCGAGUUUGACACCGCCGUACAAAUUAUGGGGGUAGUGGUUCUGAAGUAUGAGCAUGGAGGCACAACAAAGGACAGGGAACAGCACUACCAAUUUGCUGGACAUCAAGCCGGCACUUCCCAUGAUUUCCAAGGGGGAAACAGAGGCUAUUUGCCAAAUUUUCCCCAAUCGACAGAUCUUGCUCCACCGGAUCGCUCACCCGCAGCCAAAUCGAGCCACUGGGGUCUGUCCAACCCAGCAAUAUCGCCAUUACAGAGCAUUUCUGUAGCUAAUAACGUGCUCUGGCUGCUAAAUUCUGUCUCGAUCCUGGCUACUGCAGCUAAUGUUGCUCUGUCAUACUUCAAAGACCUAAUCUCUACAGCCGAGUCUAUCACUCCGGAUCCUCACUUUCUAUGGUACCUGUCAGCCACUUUCACUACGCCUCCUGCAAUAUGA